UCAGGAAAAGGCUAAAGAUUAGAUUUGCAUGAAAAGACAUUAGAAACCAUGUUUCGAAGACCUGUAUUACAGGUACUUCACCAGUUCGUGAGACACCAGUCUGAGGUGGCGAGCAGCUUAGUUCUUGAGCGCUCUCUGAAUCGUGUGCAGUUACUUGGACGGGUGGGCCAGGACCCCGUAAUGAGGCAGGUGGAAGGGAAAAACCCGGUCACGAUAUUUUCUCUAGCCACAAAUGAGAUGUGGCGGUCGGGGGACAACGAAGCCUACCAGAUGGGCGAUGUCAGUCAGAAGACAACGUGGCACAGAAUAUCAGUAUUCCGGCCGGGCCUCAGAGAUGUGGCGUAUCAAUAUGUGAAGAAGGGGUCUCGAAUUUUUGUGGAAGGGAAAGUAGACUAUGGUGAAUACACAGAUAAAAAUAACGUGAGGCGACAAGCAACGACCAUUAUAGCCGAUAACAUAAUUUUUCUGAGUGACCAGACAAAAGAAAAGGAAUAGUUUGGACGAUUCAUCUGUGAACACUACUUGGUACAGUUUUAUUCCUAAAUCAUGUAUAAUGUGUAGUAUCAAAAAUUUCUAAGGACAAAAAUUAAAAUGUUUCUUUUAU